AUGAUCACUAUUGAAUCUGCAGGUCAGCUGUCGGCAUGUCCUGGCUACCUGAACCUCCUCAUAAAGCACGCCUGCACGGGUCACGUCCUCACUCACCUCGACACCAUCCUCACCUGCCCUCCAACUUUCAACAUCGUUGUACUUUUGGAAGCCAGUCCGUCGCAAGCAAAGUCCCACAACGAUCAGCAGAAAAACGACAGUGGGAGCAGCAACCAGGACCAUCCGAGUCGAGCUUCCCACAGCAACAACAAAUAUUCUAAAACUAACGAUCGUAAAGAUUGUUGCAAACGGGCUGAUGCGGAAGAGUUGGUCAGCAAGUUUGUCAUCAUUCUAGAUGACUCCAAAAGUGCAAUUGUGUAUUUCGUGUUCAAUCGCAUCGUAGCAACUAAUGCUUCCUUGCACUAUGAGACUGACAUCAUCAAGGUGGGCAGUUACGAUCCUUCCGAUCCAGCCCAGGCCAACCACACUGCCGAUGUCGCUGACGAUUAUUGCAAACAUUAUGGGGUCAAUCAUUUCAUUGGCGAGGUCGUCAAAACGGAAUUUAAAAAUAAAAAUGCGCAGUCACUGUUCGUUGAUGGUCGGCGAUCUAAAAGAAGCGAAAGUGAAACGUUUCUAUUAGUUUGCAUCGUCGUUUGUGCAGUUGGCCUGUACAUUUGCUUGAAACUGGUCAACAAUGUGAAGUUUGCAAGCGGUGCUGAUAGCAAGAAAACAGAAUUCGUUUCGAUAUUUGAGUAUAAGAAUGAUGAGUCGAGAUUGGAAGGGGAUGUCAUUCCCAACCAAGCUGUUGACGACAACACUUUUAAUAAUUACUCCCUCUACCUUGUCAACACCAAUCAAACAUUUAGACAAAAUCACAGUAAAAUACACAAUAUGUUCUGGAAAGACGCGGUCAACACCUCCAUCUACAACUGCAUUUCAGUUCCGAGUAACAACUAUAAAAAUAUCCACAACAAAAGGAAAAGUGAGAAUAUUACAAAAAAUAUGAAGUCAAUGCAGCGCACAUCUUUUCAGAAGAGCUUCCUCGUCGUUUACGUAUGCUUCAACAUCGUGAAAGCUCUCUGCUUCACAAUGUCUGCUCUCGUGUCCAUCUUUUAUUUGUGCACAGUAGUUAGCGAUCAUGAGUCAACAAUGUCGGCCACAUCUGCGACGAUGAAGAAACCUCCCUCCCUUGCAGCAGCUGUCAGCUUCCUUGCUAGCGAUGGCUCGCUUGAUACCAAUAAGAGUCUACAUCGCUUUCGGAAUGAUGACAAUAAAAGAAGUGUUGACGGCAAAUUUAUCAUUGUUUCCGAGAAAAAAAUGAAAAAAAUUAAUUUCAGUGUGUUGCAUCGACACAGCAGUAAUAAUUAUGAAAGUAGCUUAAGUGAAGUUAAAAAGAAUUUUUUUAAUUUGAACUGUUUGAAUUUGGCAAGAAAAAAAUCGUUAAAUGUUUAUUUCAAGUUAUUAAUGAAAUUAUUUCCGAAAGAAUGCAGCAGCAGUUUUACUCUUCGUGGUGUCCUUAACAGAUUGUCAGAAAAAAUGACAGUCAUCGAACGGAAGAUGAAGUAUUUUGUUCUGCGAGAAGUUAAUUACAUCAAGCAGAAUGUCUGCCGCUCAAAAAGUAUUAGAUCACUUUUCUUAGAUAACGUCAAAGAACUUUUUAUUCAACCAGCCUUCCUUAUUAGUGAUCGCCAACAUAAUAAGCGCCACUUCUUUAAACAACUGGAACGGAAUAAGCAGAAUCAACAACUCCAACAACAACAACAACAACAUAAACAACAAUUUUCUUAUCAGUAUCAGCAUCUACAAUAUGAAAGCACCACCCUCAGAAAUAACAUUCUUCUGCAAAAAAGUAACAACGGAAGUAUUGAUGAAGAUGAUGAUGUUGAUAAUGUAAACAAAAAAGACGAUGAUAAUGAUAAUGAUGAUGAAAAAAAAAAUUAUGUUGGGGGAAUACUUCAUUGGCCUGAUGUUGAUGAGGCAGUGAUGUCGCUGGAUCGAUUGAUUUGUCUUAAAAUUCAAAAAUUAAUGUUCGGACUCCAUUCCGUGGCUUCGGUUUUCACACGGAGACCGUUGCAUGAUGGAGCGGGCGACGAGCGACCGGCGGAAACAUUAAUUAGAAGUACAUUGAAUUCUGUCGCCAGCAACAAAGCAACAACAACCGACACAUCGACCGGAACAGAACGAAUGAUUAAAACAUCAACAAAUAAUAAUAACAAACAGAACGUGAAUACAGAAUGUCGCCGUACAAAAUGGUUUUGCGAUGAAAAUUUACUACUCGCUGGCAUGCUGUGCCCACCUGAAUUUUUCUCUCUGUUGCUAAGCACUUCUUAUAAAUUCAAACAUGUUCCCAGCGCCUUUCUUGAUAACAGUGCUCGUCAAUUAGGCACGAAUAUUCAUAAAAAUUAUUUACAUAAUGGAAUGCUGACAACAUUUCGUCAGAACUACAGCAGCAAGGAUGCACGUGAUCUUGAUAAUGAUGAUGACAAUGGUGGUGAUGAAGAAAAUGAUGGUCAUGAUGAUGAAGAUGAUGAUUAUUAUGUUGGUGAUGGACAUCUUUGUAGGGAUGAUGUAGAAGAUGACGUUGUUGUUGAUGACAAAAAUCAUCGCGACAUCAGUCAUGAUGACGUUGAUGACAAUGUCAUCGAAAAUCAUUCUAUCGAAACUAGUUUUAAUGAACAAGACAGGAAACAAUUUUUGAAAAAAAAAUUCAAAAAAUAUAGUGAACACAACGCAGACAACUUCAACACUUACAAAUCUAAUAAAAUCAAUAACUCUUUCCACGCUUCCAACUGUCAGACGCCGUUCAAUGAAAUUUUCGAGAAAAGAACGAUAAUUUGGUUUGCUGUUUUAUUCACCACGCUUGACUUCUUAGUUUUAUUUUACAAUCUGCACAAAGUCUACAGGACCGUAACCAAUUUGAUUCGAUGCAAGGCCAAAAGAGAACAAAAAUUUUACGUUGAGACUAAUCAAAUUUCCACCAACACAUCAUCCGGCGCAAUUUACAGCAAUUGGAGUUUAGUGGAAAACGUAGUGCCGUCUCUCUGCGUGCCUCGCCCCAGCGAAACCUGCACAGAUUAUCCCUUUACUGAGGACAGUUUCAACCAAAAAAAUGACAUCGGGCACAAUUUAAUCUCCAAUUGGUCGGAUGAUGCUGGAACUUCUUCACACUUUCCAAAGUUGUCUCUUAUAUCCUCUUCCUCGUCGCUGCCAACAUUGCACGAGCCGACAAUCCAACAUUCAACCUUGCAACAAUCGCCAUCAUGUUUACAACGUUUUAGUAAACAAAUCGCCCAACAUAAUGAAAAGAACUUGCAUGUUUGCAACCAUGUUGAUGAAAACAAUUUUAUGCUGCUACAUUCGAAUUUCAAAUUGUUUUGUUUACAAGAAAAAACUUACAAAAAGUUCAUUGAGUACAAGCCUCAUUUCUACCCCAGUUCCACAUUUACUUUCACUGACGUAUACAACAAUCAAAUAUCCUGCAAAAACAUCAACAGCAAUAAAUAUAACGUUGAUAUUAAUAACAGAGCGCAAAAUAUUGACGGUGAUAACAAAGUUCAAAAAGAUCCCAUGAUAACAAACUCGCAGAAAGGUUUUUCGCCACCCCCACACCAACAACUACUACUGUGCCAUCAUGCACUUCAACAUGAACAAUCACUCUCGCGAACACCGCUCCAACCACUACAAGCGCCUCAAAAAGAACAACAGCAUGAACAAACAUGUAAAGCACAAGCAACACAACUAGAUAAAUGCCAUCUGCAACAACAUCCAUUCUAUUUUGUGAGGCAACGAAACAACCGGCAUACGAGGAAGGAGCGUAAGAAGAGAUGCGUGUACUACACGAUUUUAAUUUUGCAUGCUUUCUUCGAUAUUGCAAUGCUGACUUGCAGGUUUAGGAACCUUCUCGUCGCAUUGUGUCUGCUCUUGUUAGUCUGGGUGUUGUACGACAGCAUGAGAGUGUUUGUGGCGGAGUCCAGCCUGAAGAAGUUAUUAACGCCGUGCACGCCCACAACGAGCAGGCUGGCUGCUGCUGGCGACCACGUUUUCAAAUCAACUACUUCCGACUCAUUCGACACAAUGGUUAAUGAAAUUAAACGGAGGCUGGUACGAGACGAUUGUGAUGAUGACGAUGUUCAAACAGAUGAUGAUGAUGUUGAUAUUGGGGGUGAAGACGACGAUGAUGAAAAUGCUAUUGGUGGUGAAGGUAAUGAUAAUAAUAACCACGGUGAAAGUUGUAGCAACAAUUUAAUUCAUGGUGCCGAUUAUUUUCACUUGAAAAAAGUUUGCUACAAAAACAAGAAAUGCUUGAACGCGAUCAACAAAUUUCUAUUUCUCCCAAAUGAAGGAAAGUGUUUGAAGCAGCAGUUAAUAAGUUCAAAAAUAAGUCCAGCAAUGGUGGUGAAGUAA